CUGUUAAGGCACUCUGUCUUUUUCUUUCUAUUUGACAAUAAUAAUCUGAGGAAUUGGGAGCCAUUGAUUGAAUUUCUCUCCUCCUCCAUGGAAGGCAUUGGAGGAGCUGAAAUGGAGCUCGCCACCCCAGCAGUGGACUCUGAGACUCACGACCUCCUAAGGCAGCCAAUCCAACCCAUCUCUGUCAAGUUCGAGGACGUGGUGUACAAGAUCAAAGGACCAAACAACAAGGAGAAGGAAAAGUGUUCCCUCCUCCCCCUCGGAGCACGCCAGCCCGAUGCAGAGCGAACCAUCCUGAAAGGCAUCACUGGCGCGGUCCGCCCCGGCGAGAUGCUGGCCCUCCUCGGCCCCUCCGGCAGCGGCAAGACCACCUUCCUCUCUGCACUCGGCGGCCGCCUACCCCUUAGCAGCAAGACAUCCCCCUUUGCUGCUCUUGGUGGCUGCUGCCCCGGCAAACUCUCGGGCUCCAUCAAAUACAAUGGCCAUCACUUCUCGGACUCUAUCAAUCGCCGGACUGGCUUCGUAACACAGGAUGAUAUCCUCUACCCACACCUGACCGUGUACGAAAGCCUUCUAUACACCGCCCUUCUCCGACUUCCAAACACAUUGUCCAAAGGUGAGAAGGUUCGGCAUGCCGAUGCCGUGAUAUCCGAGCUCGGGCUCUCUGCCUGUAAAACUAGUAUUAUCGGGGGGCAAUUUUUGAGGGGAGUUUCAGGGGGAGAGAAAAAGAGGGUAAGCAUUGGACAGGAGAUGUUAAUAAACCCGAGUCUGCUUUUGUUGGACGAGCCGACGUCCGGGCUGGACUCGACAACGGCCCAAAGGAUCGUUUCGACACUGUGGGAGCUGGCCAAGGCAGGGAGGACGGUAGUGAUGACGAUCCAUCAGCCUUCCAGCAGGUUGUUCUACAUGUUUCAUAAGGUGAUCUUGCUGUCUGAUGGGCAUCCGGUGUAUAUUGGGCAGGCGUCGACGGCCAUGGAGUACUUUGCAGGCAUUGGGCACGCCCCGUCGGUCGCUAUGAACCCGGCCGAUUUCCUCCUCGACCUUGCCAAUGGGGUAUCAUCUGAUGGUGUGGAUCAGGACCAGAGGACAGCGAAGCAGCGGCUCGUGACGGCCUACGCUACUAACCUGAAAGCAAAGGUGGUGGUGGAUGCUCAUGCAGCCGAGCAACUGGCCAUGGAGUUCGGGGAAGAGAAAAGGAAGAAGCAGGAGUGGCACACCACCUGGUGGCAGCAGUUCAGGGUAUUGCUGGAGAGAGGUUUGAAGGAGAGACGCCACGAAGCCUUCUCCCGCCUGAAACUCUUUCAGGUCUUUACCGUUUCGCUCUUGUCUGGACUCUUGUGGUGGCACUCGGACACCACCCAUUUACAGGACCAGGUGGGACUUCUCUUCUUCUGCACAAAUUUCUGGGGCUUCUUCCCCCUCUUCCAGUCCAUCUUCACCUUCCCGCAGGAGCGCCUCAUGCUCCACAAGGAGCGCUCCUCCGCCAUGUACCGCCUCUCUGCUUAUUUCAUGGCCCGCAUUGCCGGAGACCUCCCCAUGGAGCUCCUCCUUCCCACCUCCUUCGUCACCAUUAUCUACUGGAUGGGCGGCCUCAAACCCGACCCCCUGCACUUCCUCUGCACACUGUUUGUCGUCCUCUACAAUGUCCUCAUCGCCGGUGGCCUGGGCCUGGCCAUCGGCGCCAUGGUCAUGAAUCUCAGGAAUGCAACGACACUCGGAUCUGUGAUUACACUCACGUUCAUGCUCACCGGAGGAUACUUCAUUCAGAAGGUUCCGGUAUUCAUGGCCUGGAUCAGAUACAUUUCGAUGACCCAUUACACAUUUAAGCUGCUGUUGGGUUCGCAGUACUCUGUAGAUGAGAUGUACGAGUGCGAGCCGGGCAAGAGUUGCCGGAUCGCCGAUUUUCCGAUGAUAAAGGCAAUCGGGUUGGAUCACAUGGUGCGCUCAGCACUGGUGCUCUGGAUCAUGCUGGUCGGGUACAGACUCGUUGCCUACGCAUCAUUGACUCGGAUCGGCAAGAUCAAUUGACCUCUCACUAUGUGUCUAUUUCCUUGGAACACAGCAGUUAGAUGUCAUAUCUGUAUCUUUUGUAGCAGUUGUAGUACUUUUACAUCACAAGCCCAAGCCCAAGCCCAUCUCUCUCUCUCUCUCUACCCCUUGUAGCAAAUGAGUUGUUUUACCUUCAAUAGAUCAUACAUCUCUUAGGAACUGAACCAAUAAGUAAGGAAAAUUGUUCAUAUUUGUCAUCCAUCUCUGAAUUUGCAGUAGCCCAGAUUUUCACACA